AAAGUUGCGGAUCAACUCAGGCUACGACACACUGUUCGUUUCCUGGGAACUAGCAGAAGCUAGCGCGUUGUGGCUGUUUAAGUCACAGAGGCUUUUCUGAUGCUCCUCCAGGGCAGGGGGGCCCUCAGCUGAGGACCCUGAAUCCAAGAUCCAAAAUGGAGUUGCCCAGUAGUGACACUUAUCCUCUCCCAUCUCCCUUUCCUGUCUCCCCUCCCUACCCAGGCUCUUGGACCCUUCCCACCUCUGGUCUUUCUCUUUGGUCAGCUGGGAAUAAAUCAGGAGGGAGGUGCCCACAGAGGGCAGAGGCCUGGAAGGGAGGAGCCAUUGGGAGUAUUAAGUCUGAGAAGACCGCUCGACUCUCAGAGCUGGAUCUCUGGGACUCUGCUGCCAACUGCUGGGGCCGUGAACAUUCUCAGAACCCUCACCAUGAAACACCUCUUGCUGCUCACCCUGUCUGCUGUGCUCUGCUGCUGGGUCUCAGCUGACACUCGAUGUCACUCCUGCUACAAGGUGCCUGUGCUGGGCUGUGUGGAUCGACAGUCCUGCCGCCUGGAGCCCGGCCACAAAUGCCUGACAACAAACGUGUACCUUGGGAAGAUGUGGGUUUUCUCUAACCUGCGCUGUGGCACACCAGAGGAGCCUUGUCGGGAGGUCUUCAAUGAAACCAACCACAAGCUAGGCCUGAGCUACAACACCACCUGCUGUGACAAGGACAACUGUAACAGCCCAGCUCCACGGCCCACACCUACAGUGGCCCUCAUCUCCCUCACCUCCCUGGCUGGCCUUGGCCUCUGGCUAUUGCAUUGAGACUGGCUCGAUGGCCACACUCUUCCCACCUGCUCUAGCCUGAGCCUUUCUUCCCACGUCCUCAGAGCUCCGGCUUUCCAGAACGUUCUCUUCUCACCCCCGGCUCCUUAUCUUCUGAAGACCAUUUUCCUAGUCCUGCACCAUUUUUUUUUAAUGGGACUGUGCCUAGAGUGGUCUUUCUAGCCACGGCUUCUGCUUCUCCAGUUGGCACCCUCCACUCCAUUUCCCCCCCCAGUCCUUUCCCAUUUCCUUCUAGAACACUCUACCUCCUCCACUGGCCACUGAUAGGGCCCCCUCCUUUGGACGCACACUGCUGUGCCUCUGGGAUCUAGGUCUGGAAGAACGCCUGUCUUGUUUCCAGGGAGCGAUGCCCAAAAGACCCACUGACCUCAUUGCCUGGGCCUGAUUCACCAGACCCUCCGCUCAUCCUCUAUCCUGAGAAAUAAAUGUCAGUGUCUAACAAA